AUGAGCGAUUCGACUCCCCGCCUGCGGUCUGGGUUCCCAGCAACCCCAGCUACCGCUGCUCGACGACGCAACAAUCAACAGACUCCCAGCUCAGCCGGCUCACCAUCAUACGGAAAAGGCUCUACCUCAAGAUCUCCUUCUUUGCCUCAAGCUCCCGAAAGUUCGCGGCCGCAAACCGCCGUUAGCCAACCUGUCAUUCCUCUGACCGUUCUCGAUGCCCCCCAGCAACGUCUCUACGCCUUUGGCGUCUACGUCUUGUUGUGGGCGUGGAAGCUCUAUGACUGGCUUCAGGUUGUCGAGGAUGGCGACUCGUCUUGGUUCCUGUUCCUAAAAUGGAUCUUUAUUGACUUUGCCUACCUUUUCGGGGUACCAGAAUUGAGGAUACCUUGGCUUGAGCUAUCCCAGCCUGUCGUCACCACUAUCUUUUCUCUGCAUCUGAUACUCAAUUACAUGCUCAUGUUCAAUAUCCCCAUUCCGUGGCAAUCAUGGCUCCUUGGCUUCGCCAAAGUUCUUUACGACCGCGAAAUAUCCAUCUCUGAACACAACGUCAAGGUUUCGACUAUUCUCAACAACCAUUCACUCAUCAUGGGAAAGCAGAUUAUCAACAUCCUGCCUGAAGGUUCCGCUAUCCUUAAUCCCGAGCACCGCCCCUUUUGCUUGACUGCGAAACCCAAACAUAUCGCGAAUUUGCCCAUAUACUUCAAUGCCACUAUCCCUGCCGAGAUCGAACUGAUUCGAAUUGACCUCGAAACCAACAAGGAAGAGACGAUCAAAAUUUCGAACCGAGAGGUUGGUAGGGUAGCUAAGCAAAUCCGUGAGCACAUCGCCGAUCAGACUACGUCUGGAUUCCAGUGGGACUAUCCAGUUAAGAAGCCGGGAGUCUAUCGACUUGGAAAAGUCUUGGAUGAGUACAAGCUCGAGGUUCAACGUGCCACCAAAGACACAUAUGUUGUGCCCUGCCCUCAGGCAAGGAUCCGCGCAUCCUCGGACCCCCAGCGAUGUAUUCAAGAACUCUCUGACCUCUCUCUGGAUGUCUAUGGCACUCCCCCCCUCAAGAUUGUGUACAGUCGCACUAUCAAUGGCAAGGACCACAGUUUCCACUUCCAGAGUCUCCAACCGGACGGAUUCUCUUCACCUCUUAUUGGCGGUUCUUCCAGUGUUGUUCUAGAGAAUCAGGACGACGUUUCAUGGGUGAAACCGGCUAGGGUCACAGUUGGCCUUAACGAGUCCAUGACCUCUGCGGGGGAGUGGGAGUACUCAGUCGAUGAGGUUCACGAUGCCUUCCAAAAUGUUGUGAAAUAUGCCGAAUUGGAAGACAACGUCGACAAGGCCCGCACCAACGGCCUCAAGUACGGCUUCAAGGUCAAAGAGCGACCUAAGGCAAGUAUGAACGGCUGCGACAUGCGUAACCCCUUCAAGGUUGCUAAAGGUCGCUCCGUUAGACUACCUGUUGACUUUUCCCUGGUUGGGUCUGCCGAUGACACCUCCCAUGAGGUUACCUGGGAGUUUUCACCCAUCAACUCCCUCACCAACAGCGGCGAGCAUGGUGAUCAGGUAUCGAUUGGAAGCUACAACGCCAAGAACGCGCUUGAUAAGCCAUUUGUCUCGGAGCCAGGCCUUUACACCUUGAAGUCUGUUUCCAGUGGAUCUUGCAAGGGUGAGGUCAAGGAGCCAUCAUCUUGCCUUCUUCUGAAUCCAUUAGAGCCUUCGCUCUCGAUUCGCUCGGAGGAGAUCCCAGAUAAGUGUGCAGGCAACUCUAUCGGCCUGAGAGUGGACCUAGAUCUUGUCGGAACACCUCCCUUCGUGGUCCGUUACGACAUCAUCACUAGCGAUGGGCAUAUUGAGGAACAAUCCCACCGUGUCUCUGGUUUGCGAUCCCAGCUGGAGCUGGUGCCCAAGAUGGCAGGUCACCACAAGUAUAUUUUCAAGUCUAUCGACGACUCGGUAUAUGAGAAACUGCCUCUCACUGGUGACGACAAGGUUUUGGAGCAGGUUGUAAAGCCUGCCGCCUCAGCCAAGAUUGCAAGCACCAGCGGAGUCGUCAAUGCCUGCCUUGACUCGGAAGUUGAACUUGAUGUCCUACUUUACGGCGAGGCACCGUUCAACCUGGAAUGGGAGAUUGUUCACGAUGGCAAGCGCAAAUCGGAGCGUGUCACUGGUGUUCAAGAUAACAGCUUCAGGAUUAAGACCAAUGCCCUCCGAAAGGGAGGAGAGUACAUUCUUGCCUUGAGCAGCGUCCAGGACAAGCGGGGAUGCAAGACUUUCCUCCAGGACCAGGUCAAGAUCGCCGUGCGACGCCAGCAGCCGCGAGCCGCGUUUGGCUUCGUUGAGCACAAACAGAAGCUCAUGGCCGUUGAAGACACACACCUGCGACUGCCCCUGCGUCUGGAAGGAGAACCUCCUUUCGAAAUUUGUUACAAGAACCUCAAUGGCAAUGGCGAAGUGCUGACCAAGCGUGCGAAUAACGCGAAUGAUAAUCUGUUGGUCAAAUCGCAGGGUGUCUAUGAACUCGUGGAUGUCCGAGACAACCAGUGCCCCGGAUCUGUUGUUCCAACAGCAUCCCGAUUCGAAGUAGGCUGGUACCCGAGACCGGAGAUCUCAAUCGUCGAGUCACCUAGUAUCAGUUCGGAAGAUGGCGCUUUCAUCAAGCAAUCCAUUUGCGAAGGAGACAUUGAUGGCUUUGAGGUCAACCUUAAAGGAUCGCCUCCUUAUCACGUGGAAUACGAGGUCACACACAAGUCUUUACAGGGCGCUAAGGCCUUCAGCCGUAAAGACUUCGACGCCGCACUCGCAAAAGCUGCCAUCUCCAUGGAUACUUCCAAGGCUGGCGAUUACAGCUACAAGUUCUCUGCUCUAGCUGAUAACCUCUACAACAGCGACAAGAACUUCAACCCUCUUACUGUCUUGCAGCGCGUAAACGCCAAGCCUUCUGCUGGAUUCACGAAACCAGGACAGUCCUUCAAGUACUGCAUGGAGGAGCAAGAGCACGAAGAUAGGAUUCCCAUCAAACUUACUGGAGUUGCCCCUUUCUAUGUUGAGGUCGAGAUCAAGCAUCAAGCCGGCUCUCCGGCUGAGACUUACCGAAUCCCCUCCAUCGACUCCAACUCGUAUGGUGUGAGAAUUCCACGUCAACACCUCCGCCUUGGUGCGCAACAGGUUCGCAUCCGCACCGUUAGAGACGCUCGGGGUUGCCAGCGCAAGUACGACAUCGGAGGACCCUCAGUACAGAUUCACCUUUACGAGGCGCCAUCUAUCUACCCUCUCGAGUCGCGACGUGACUAUUGUGUGGGUGAACGUAUUGCCUACACUCUAUCCGGUACCCCUCCCUUCGACAUCGCGUACGACUUCAACGGCCGAUGGAAUGCCAAGUCGCAAACGACCAACUUCCGCCGUAUCGCUGAGAAGCCUGGCGAUUUCACCAUCACCAGUAUCUCGGACAAGGCUAGCGAGUGUCGUGCUGCUGUUAACAUCCCCAAGACGAUUCACCCACUACCCAGCGUCCAGAUUAGCCGUGGUAAGCAGUCUCGCGUCGACAUUCACGAGGGUAACGAAGUGGAUAUUCUCUUCGAGUUCUGGGGCACACCGCCGUUUGAGUUCACCUAUACACGUAGCUCCAACGCUAAGAAGGGCCAGCGUAGUGUUGUUCUUGAGACAAGACACGAUGUCUCUUACGAACACAGCAAAGUGGUCAAGGCCAGCCAGGAGGGCACAUACGAGGUUGUUGCCAUUAAGGACAAGUUCUGCUCGUUCUCGACACAGCAAGUAGAAAAGAAGCAAGCAAGGUAG